CAACCAUGGGGUGCAUUAAAAGCAAAGAAGACAAAGGUCCAGCCAUACAGUACAGAAGUGAUAAUACUUCAGAACCUGUUAGUACCCAUGCCAGCCACUAUGGAUCAGACUCAAGCCAAGCAACACAAUCACCGGCAAUAAAGGGAUCAACAGUGAAUUUUCAUAGUCCUUCCAUGACUCCCUUUGGAGGACCCUCAGGAAUGACACCCUUUGGAGGAGCAUCAUCUUCAUUUUCAGCUGUGCCAAGUUCAUAUCCUAGUACUUUAACGGGUGGUGUUACUGUAUUUGUGGCCUUAUAUGAUUAUGAAGCUAGAACUACAGAUGACCUUUCAUUUAAGAAAGGUGAACGGUUCCAGAUCAUUAACAACACGGAAGGAGACUGGUGGGAAGCACGAUCCAUUGCUACAGGAAAAACAGGCUACAUCCCAAGCAAUUAUGUAGCUCCUGCAGACUCCAUUCAAGCAGAAGAAUGGUAUUUUGGUAAGAUGGGCAGGAAGGAUGCAGAAAGGCUACUCUUAAAUCCUGGGAACCAGCGUGGUAUUUUCUUAGUAAGAGAGAGUGAAACCACUAAAGGUGCUUAUUCCCUUUCUAUACGUGACUGGGAUGAGGUCAGAGGUGACAAUGUGAAACACUACAAAAUCAGAAAACUUGAUAAUGGUGGAUACUAUAUCACAACCAGAGCACAAUUUGAAUCACUGCAGAAGUUGGUAAAGCACUACAGAGAACAUGCUGAUGGACUGUGCCAUAAGCUGACAACUGUGUGUCCAACUGUGAAACCGCAAACCCAGGGACUAGCAAAAGAUGCCUGGGAAAUUCCCAGAGAAUCUUUGAGGCUAGAGGUUAAGUUGGGCCAAGGAUGCUUUGGUGAAGUGUGGAUGGGAACAUGGAAUGGAACCACAAAAGUAGCAAUCAAGACACUAAAACCUGGUACAAUGAUGCCAGAAGCUUUCCUGCAGGAGGCACAGAUCAUGAAGAAAUUACGACACGACAAGCUUGUUCCCCUGUACGCUGUUGUUUCUGAGGAACCAAUCUACAUCGUCACAGAAUUCAUGACAAAAGGCAGCUUGCUAGACUUCCUAAAAGAAGGAGAAGGGAAGUACUUAAAACUCCCCCAACUGGUUGACAUGGCUGCACAGAUUGCUGAUGGCAUGGCUUACAUUGAAAGAAUGAACUACAUCCACAGGGAUCUCCGGGCAGCUAACAUUCUUGUAGGAGACAAUCUUGUGUGUAAAAUAGCAGACUUCGGUUUAGCAAGGUUAAUAGAGGACAAUGAGUACACCGCAAGACAAGGAGCUAAAUUUCCAAUUAAGUGGACAGCUCCCGAGGCAGCGUUGUAUGGUCGGUUUACAAUCAAGUCAGACGUGUGGUCGUUUGGAAUUCUGCUGACAGAGCUGGUAACGAAGGGGAGAGUGCCAUACCCAGGGAUGGUGAAUCGGGAAGUUCUGGAACAAGUGGAACGUGGAUAUAGGAUGCCUUGUCCACAAGGCUGUCCAGAGUCUCUCCAUGAGUUAAUGAAACUGUGUUGGAAGAAGGACCCUGAUGAGAGACCAACAUUUGAAUAUAUACAGUCUUUCUUGGAGGACUACUUUACUGCUACAGAACCACAGUACCAGCCUGGAGACAAUUUAUAAGCCAACAAUCUAUAUAACAUACACAAAUCUGCCAAAUGUAAAAGACUUGCAAAGAAUUCCUGAUGUCUUUAAGGAAUCAAAGGAAAGAAAAUCUUCGCUACUUUGCAUGCUUUUAAUGGCAAACUGGAAUUUCAUAAUACAGUUGCACAAAACCACUUUUGAAGUGUUAUAAUCUAAUUUACCAAUGAUGGAAUUUUGUUUGUUUGUUUUUUCUUUUUCCCAACUUAUUUCAGGGUCCAAAGGAAGCUUAUUGAAAAUACAGGGUGAUAAAGCAAGAGUUGGUGUGAACAAUAGCAG